AUGACGCGGCAAAUUCGGGGACGGCAAAUUCGGGAAUCGGCGAUUAUUAAGGCCGAAGGCUUGGCUGGCCGCGAUGAGGAGCUUUACAUUGCCAUUAAUGCUUUGAACCGAUCCGGUCAGAUGAGCAAUUCCGAGCGCAAUGAGACGUUGUUGAUUUCAGACUGCUUGGGAGUGGAGGCACUCGUCGACGCUCAGACACAAAUUACUUUGGAAGGAGAUAACAUCACCAACUCUUGCAUUCUUGGCACAUUCUAUACGGACAAUCCUCCGCGUUAUGAGAAUGGGGACAGCAUUAUCCAGAAGUAUCUUGGGGGAGAAGUGACAUUCUUCCACGGUCGAGUCUUAGAUGUCGAUACCGAUUUGCCCGUCGCAGACCGAGAUCAGCCGCCGGGGAACAUGCGGGGUAUGUUCACGUCCGAUGAGGACGGAAGAUACGCAUUCUAUUGCAUCAAGCCCGUUCCAUAUCCAGUGCCCUACGAUGGACCCGCGGGCGAUAUUCUCAGACUGAUGGACCGCCGCCCUUACCGAGCGGGACACAUUCACUUUAUGUUGACAUGCCAUUCUUAUCAUCGCUUGAUUACGCAAGUUUUUCCAGAUGAUGACACUUAUCUCAACUCUGAUUCGGUGUAUGCGGUCAAGUCGGAUUUGCUUCUUCAAUUCAAGCCAUAUAAUCCCCCCACACUCCGAGGCAAGGGGGCUAAUGAAGCACAUGUGAAAUGGGAAGUUAAUUGGGAUUUCAAGAUCAAGCCGCACAAAAUGUGA